UUCCUCGCCCCUGCGACGUCCGGAAUUUUUUUUUCGCCUUUAGCUUUUGCUUCCUCCGUGUGCUCUCGUCGUCUUGGCGAGGUCGAGCCCCAAGGCGAGGAAUCGAAACCCUCGAAGCGCGAGUCGGCUAGGGCGAGGAGGGAGACAGAGAGGAUAGAGAGACUGAGGGAGGCGGGCGAGAUGAAGCUCAACGUGAAGACGCUGAAGGGCACCAACUUCGAGGUCGAGGCGAACCCCGAGGCGUCGGUUGCUGAGGUAAAGAGGAUCAUCGAGACUACUCAGGGUCAGAGUGUUUACCCUGCGGACCAGCAGAUGCUCAUAUAUCAAGGGAAGAUUCUCAAGGAUGAUACCACUCUGGAAAGCAACAAAGUUGCCGAGAACAGCUUCCUUGUUAUAAUGCUGUCCAAGGCUAAGGCAUCGUCAAGUGGACCUUCUACUGCUGCAAAAGCUCCUGCGACACCGACUCAACCUGCUGCUCCGGCAACCCCUGUUGCUUCAGUUGCAAGAACACCUUCACAAGCACCUGUUGCUGCAUCUGAACCGGCACCUCCCAGCGCACAACCUCCAGCUGCUGCUGCUGCUCCUCCAACUGCUACAGUUUCUGCAUCUGGUGAUGCUGAUGUGUACAGUCAGGCAGCGUCAAACCUUGUCUCAGGCAACAACCUAGAACAGACUAUCCAACACAUUCUUGACAUGGGUGGUGGUAAUUGGGAACGCGAUACUGUUGUCCGUGCUCUACGUGCUGCAUAUAAUAAUCCUGAGAGAGCUAUUGACUAUCUGUAUUCUGGAAUUCCUGAGAAUGUAGAGGCCCCACCUGUGGCUCCAGCACCUGCUUCUGGCCAACAAACAAAUCCACAGGCUCCAUCACUUGCUCAACCCGCAGCUGCACCACCAGUGCAGCCAUCUGCUGCCUCUGCUGGGCCUAAUGCGAAUCCUCUAAACCUUUUCCCUCAGGGUGUUCCGAGUGGUGGGUCCAAUCCUGGUUCUGGUGCCGUUGCAGGAGCUGGUGCUCUUGAUGCCUUGCGUCAGGUUCCACAGUUUCAAGCAUUGCUUGCAUUGGUCCAGGCUAAUCCUCAAAUCUUACAGCCAAUGCUUCAAGAGCUUGGCAAACAAAACCCACAAAUCCUGCGGUUGAUUCAGGAAAAUCAAGCUGAGUUUCUCCGCCUGGUGAAUGAAUCUCCUGAGAGUGGUACUGGGGGAAACAUACUAGGUCAACUAGCAGCUUCAAUGCCACAAGCGCUGACAGUUACUCCGGAGGAACGGGAAGCUAUCCAGCGGCUCGAGGGAAUGGGGUUCGAUCAUGAGCUUGUGCUGGAGGUCUUCUUUGCGUGCAACAAGGAUGAAGAGCUUGCUGCCAACUACCUCUUGGAUCAUGGCCAUGAGUUCGACGAGCAGCAGCAAUAGAUUUUAUGUUGGGCGUAUCGUGGGGUGGAGGGUGGAACCCAAUCAGAAGCAGAGCAGCUCAGUGUCGUUCUUGUUUCCGACUGUUGAGAAAUACCUGGCCGUUUGUGCAAUGCUGCUGACUAUGUUCUAUGUAUUGGAAUGCUUUCUAAGUACAUAUUAAUUUCA